AUGACUGAUAGAAACAGCCACGAUAGACAAAAAAUUCAACUUUUUUAUGAUAUUAUGUUUCAAGUAAACUGGGAUUUAGGAAGUGCUCCAUCCAAAAAGCAAGAGCCGAAGGAAAACAAGAAAAGGAGGAAUCAACCUGAAAAGACAAAACCUGUGCCGGUAAAGAACAAGGAUCCCAAAGGUCAGGAACCGUCUAAGAAAAAGCAAAAACAAGAAAGGAAAGGAAAUGAAACGACUGGUGAUGAAAAAAAGCAACCAUCUCUUGUUCACGAGGGUGAAAAAAAGCUAGCAAAUGAAGGUCCCUUGACGGCGCUUCAGAAGAAAAUGAAAGGGAAAUUAGACGGGGCUAAAUUUCGUUGGAUUAAUGAAAGAUUGUAUACUACAGAAAGCGAGGAGGCUGUGAAACUUUUCCAAGAUAGCCCAGACAUGUUCGAUGUUUACCACGCCGGAUUUCGACAUCAGAUCGAAAGCUGGCCGGAAAAUCCCGUUGACGUUUUUAUUCGCUUUUUGAAGGAAAGAUACGACAAGAAGCGACGACCCGUCAGUGUGGUAGAUCUUGGAUGUGGAGAAGCUAAAAUUGCCGAAACAUAUGAAGCAUCCAAGUAUAUACAGGUUCAAAGUUUUGACCUCGUUUCGGCGAAUAAGUUUAUUGUAGCUUCUGAUAUCUCAGAUCUUCCCUUGGAGGAUGCUAGUGUUGACAUUGCUAUCUUUUGUCUGAGUUUGAUGGGAACGAAUUGGCAAUCGUUUUUGCGGGAAGCACAUCGUGUUUUGAAGCCGAAUACAGGACAGCUUUGGGUAGCUGAGAUCAAAAGCCGCUUUUCAGACAAAAGUGGUAAGAUCUUUGCUGAAGAACUUCCUAAAUUGGGCUUCGAGAAUACAUCCCUUGUUUUGGGGAAUAAAAUGUUUACGCUUUUUGAGUUUGUUAAACAGCCUUUGCGUCAAGAACCUCAGACUCUUCCCCCAAUCCUUAAUGCUUGCAUCUAUAAGCGCCGGUGA